AUGUUUCAGACUCACGCUUGUAGCAUCAGCAUUGACGCAAAAGUUCGAACAUUAGAGCCCGUGCUAGCGGAAAAGAACCGUGCACAGUUUUUCGUUGGGACUAGUUCGUUGAUCGAGCCCAAUCAGAUCCAUGUGAUUGAAGCGAAUGGUGGCGCCACUAGCGUCAAUACGCGACAAUCAUUCCGUCACGCUGGAGAAGUGCUGAGUCUUGCACCGUGUCCUCAAAAUCGAGAAUUAUUGGUCACAUGUGGGAAGAAACAACAAUGUGAAGCGGUAAACGCUUUAUUAUGGAAAUUGCCAGCGACAAAGUUCGAUCCAAUUGAAGAAAAUGACGAAAUAGCUGGUACUGGUGCAAGAAUGCAAGAUUUGGAGCUAUUAGCGGCUUUACCAGUACAGAAAUCACGAGUUUCAGAAAUUACUUGGAAUGCUGUAACGGACACGUCAAUGUUAGCAUCAGUGCAUGAGACGCUGCUAUGCACGUGGCAAAUGCAUGGAGGAUCGAUAAAUGCACAAAAUAAGGUGGAGCUGGACGUUUCAAUGCUCGGAAAUUUUACGAAAAUAAAGGCCACUGCGUUGACUUGGGACCCGCACCACGCAUCAAGGCUGGCUUAUGCUCUAGGUGGCAAUGUGCGAAUGUGGGAUCUUCGUGCAAAACAAGACACCAUGAGUGUCGAGGAUGCACAUUUGAGUGCAACACUGUCGCUUGAUUUUAACCCAAACAAACCGCAUGCGAUUGCUAGUGGCGGGGAUGAUGGUAAACUUAAAUUCUGGGAUUUGCGCAAUGCCAAAAUGUCAUUGUUAACGUUGAAUGCGCACUCACACUGGGUCUGGAGCACGCAAUAUCAUCCACAGCAUGACCAACUUGUCCUCUCGAGCGGAUCAGACGCGACGUUGGCACUUUGGCGCGCGUCGUCAAUCUCGUCAUCGCCAUUUGUUGAGCUGGAUGAGCGUGAUCUUAUAGAUGAAACGGCAGAUGGUGCAAGUGCGACGGAUAUGCUGAUUCAACGAGUUGAAGAUCACGAGGAUGCUGUGUAUGCUGCGCGGUGGACUGCUGGAGGAGACGCCUGGAUGUUUGCCUCCGUGUCGUAUGAUGGUUACCUUGCUAUUAACCAAGUGCCAUCCACGGAAAAGUACAAAAUUUUGCUUUAG